UGCCGCCAUAAUGGCGGCGGCUGCGGCGGCGCGGGCGGCAGCGCCGGCGGCGGGUCCGCGGCGGCUGGGCCGGGAGGCCCGCGCCAGCCUGGCCGCCUUCCUGCUGGGCGCCUCGGUGGCAGCGCUACCGGUGGCGCUGGGCUCCCCCGCUGCGCUGCUGGCCGCCCCCGGGCUGCGUGGCCGCCUGGCCGUCGCCAUACACGUGGCGAGCGUCAACGCGGCGCUGCUGCUGCUUUACCCGCGGCCUCUUUACAAGAUCGCCGUCCGGGCCUGCUUCCUGGGCUUUGCCUUCGGCUGCGGGCUGCUGCUCAGCGCUGGCCGCUCCGCCUGGCGACACUUCGGCUGGUACAUGUGCUCCCUCUCCCUCUUCCACUACUCGGAGUAUCUGGUGACAGCCAUCAACAACCCACGCAGCCUCUCGCUGGACUCCUUCCUGCUCAACCACAGCUUCGAGUACAACCUGGCUGCUCUCUCCUCCUGGGUGGAGUUCACGCUGGAGAAGCUUCUCUUCCCAGAGCUGAAGCAGAUCACCUGGCUGAGCACCGUGGGGCUGCUGAUGGUGAUCUUUGGGGACUGCCUGAGGAAGGCAGCCAUGCUUACUGCUGGCUCCAACUUCAACCACAUCGUCCAGAAUGAGAAGUCAGACACCCACACGCUGGUGACCAGCGGUGUCUAUGGGUGGUUCCGGCACCCCUCUUACGUGGGCUGGUUCUACUGGAGCAUUGGAACACAGGUGUUGCUCUGCAACCCCAUCUGCGUGGUGGGCUAUGCGCUGGCAUCCUGGCGCUUCUUCAGGGAACGGAUCGAGGAGGAGGAGAUCACCCUCAUCCACUUCUUUGGAGAGGAGUACCUGGAGUACAAAAGGAAAGUGCCCUCAGGCCUCCCUUUUAUUAGAGGAGUCAAAGUGGAACUGUAAUGCAGGUGAGAACUGGACUGGCUGAGCAAACGCCCAGCUCCAGGCACUCUGGCUGAGGGACCGUGUGCCAAGGUCAGCCUGUUGGUGUUUCCUGGCUGCCCAGGAGGAGCUGGCGCAAGGCUGCCGAGCUGGGUGGCUUUGCUGGGUCACGAGCAGAGCAGAAGCUUGUGUGUCCUCCUUGAGACAAGUCCUUUGCUGCACAUUCAGGGAUCUUCCAGAUAACUUAGCCUGUAGCCACCCUGAAGAGAGUCGAAGCCUCCUGCCUGCAGCAGCAGAAGUGGACUGGAUGCCUCUGGGCCGAUUCUCCUGGAGAACUGCUCUGCCCCGGUUGUCAUACAGGGAGAGUGCUGGGCAGGGCACUGCUCUGAUGGCUUCCCUUGAUUUUAAAGCUUUGUGACCUGGUGAGCUGGGCAGCAUGGCUUUCAUCCCUUCAGGCCCAAUUCUGCACGUUGGCACUUGGGCAGCUUACAGGAGCAGGCCUCAGGGGCAGGGACUGCUAGCCCUGGGUGUGCUGGAGAGCCAGCCCUGUGGCAUCGAUCAGCUGUCCUCCAGCUGAGGAGAGCUCUCAGCUUGCCUUGUGCCGCUGGGUCACAAGUGCUGCUCUGCAAAGCAGCAGGAGAGCUGAACCCUGUUCCCUUCCGAGGCUGCUGCAGAGGAGUAACUUUCAGCUGCUGCCUUCCCCAUCCUCCCCUCUGUCACUGCUCUUCCCUCUUCCUGCUUCCAAAUCUCGCUGCUUCCUACCCUGCCGGGCUGCCUCCAUCCUGAGGAGAUCCCAGGAUUCUGGGUUGGGAAAGAACUGGGCUUGCCAAGGGCUUUUAGUGCUCAGAUCCCUGCCUGCUCCUAAGGGUGAGGGAUGUCAGCAUGGCCAGGAGAUGCCCCAGGGAAACCCUCCCAGGAAGACACAGGUUGGGCUGCCUGAUGCUGUUUUACACCUUACUACUUGGAAGUGUUUCCUACCCAGGCUUUGUGGUAUCACUUACUCUGUCGUUAUAUACCAAAGAGGUUCACUGUUCUCUUGAGUUUGUUGUUCUUCCCAGCUGGGAUGGAGGAAGUUGCCUGUCAGGUCACACUCUGAGCUUGGAGUAUACCUUAGUGAGGGUGCUGGGUGCAGCUCAGGACGGGGGCACUGGUGAGAGUUGCUUUGGGGUUAAUUUUCUUAUUUUAUAAAAAAAAAAAAAAGAAAACAUCA